AUGGCUGUCUCCAAAACAAAUCGAACUCAAAGUCCUCGAAAAAGCGGUCGGAAGAGCCCACCAAAGACCGAUCCGAAGAUCAAGAAAACUCGACAAACAUCUGGCGGCAGUGUAACAGUUACCAAGAAAUUACUGCGGGCGAAUGACGAUUCAUUGAAGAUAGAAAUUGCGACCAAAGCGGCCGAGUUCUACGAUGGACAAGAGGCAAAGACCCUUCAAAUCCAGGCUGUAGCAAACCUGGUACGGGGAAGAAACACUUUUCUUCUGGCCGGUACAGGUUACGGGAAGUCGAGGAUCCCAGAAAUCUACCAUAAACUCUUACCUCAAGAACGAAAACCUGUGGUAAUAGUGCUGAACCCACUUGACGCUUUGGGUGACAAUCAAGUUGAAGAAAAAAAAGGAAAAUUCUCAGCGAUCAACCUCACCAAACUUACGUUCAAUAAGACUGUGGCGAACAAAAUCCAAAAGGGGGACUUCAACUUUGUGUACCUUAGCCCAGAGAUUUUCAUGAACAACAAGAUGUGGGAUUCUGUAUACUUUAGUUCCGAGUUCCAGGAGCGACUAGCCUUGGUUGUGGUGGACGAGGCUCACAUGAUAUAUUUGUGGGGACUAGUAGAGAGGGAUGGACGGAGAACUGCUUCAAUCUUUGUACGACUUGAAGACAUUGGCAUCUUUCGACCUUAUUAUGGACAACUCGCUACACAUUUGCAAUGUAGAAACAAUUCCCCGAUCCUCAUGCUUUCUGCAACAUGCCGCCCGGUUGCUGUUGAUGCAAUCUUGAAAAACUUGAAGUUGACUAAAGAGUUGAUCGAUAUUAUUGAAGGAGAGUUGACGCGGACCGAGAUCCGAAUCCUGAGAAUCAACAUGACUGAAUCGUUACAAUCCAACUUGGACCUGAAGAAUAUCUUCCCCUUGAAGGAAAAAACCUCGGACCAGGAUAUCGUACCUACCUUAAUCUAUAGUGGAACUCGCGCUCGGACACUAACGGUUUUGGAGGUGCUGGACAUGGCACGUGGCACCCCUGGUGGAUGCUUGAAUCCAGAUAACACUUUGGCUCGGAGGUUUCAUUCAUGCACAGGAGAUAAGGACAAGGUUUCUUGCAUUGAAGGGUAUUCUCAAGGGUCAUUCCCAAUCAUAUCGGCUACAAUGGCACUUGGCCUAGGCCAGAACUGGAAGCGGGUUAGAUGUGUCAUACACAUGGGGCGGGCUGAUCCAGCAAAUGUCAGUCAAAUGAUAGGAAGAUGUGGGAGAGACGGUGGAAAAAAUUCUGAGGAGGACUUCAGUAAUCCAACCGAUCAAUCAGAUGAUGAUCGCAUGGAUGCACUUGCAAUUACCAGCUGCUGUCUUCGGGUUGCGUUUGCAAUGGACAACAAGCUGGGCUACAUCCCACUAUCUAAAGAUGAUCCGGACUAUGUCAAAGAGGUUGAGCACGAGAGAACCGCUGGCUUCCCACCGUGUAAAUGCUCCAACUGUGCGGUGGUGUCUGGACAGCAGCUGGUUGAAAACUUACGAUAUCUCACCAAGGAAAACUUCGAAAGUGCAAUGGACAACACACUAGACUUCCCCCCACCUGACUCCAACGAUGCAGUGCUAAAGAAAAACCGAACUCGACGGGCUGCAAAUGCGGCACUGGGGACCGAGAACGACCAGGUCAUCUUGGCGAGAUUCAAAGCCGACAUGAUUACCUCUUUCCACCAGUUUUAUGAGGCUCAGAUGGGUUGUUCAGCUAGGUUUUCAGCCUCUUCUCUGUUUCAUGAUGAACAUGCCGACACUCUACUUGAAAACCUGGAUGAAAUCCAGAGCGCGGCGGACCUCUAUCAUCUGAUCGGUGGUGAAGUCAUAUGCGGACAGUUGGAAUUCUUAUAUGAUUUGAUUGGGAGGUUCAAAGAAAACGAUCUAUAUCAAGAACAUCUAGAUAAUCAAGAACGACUUCGAGAGGAAAACGAGGAAAAAAAGAAGACCAGGAAGAAGGAAGCAGCAGCUCGCUAUCGUGCAAACAGAAGAAUGAGGUUGCUUGCAGCUAAAACACAUGUCUGUUCACAGUCAGAAAACAUGCCAUCACCGCCUAGCAGUACAAUUGAUAGGGAUUUAGAGAUAACGGUCGACAAAAAAGGAAUCAGGACAACAAGGAAUCAUUCGGAAAACAUGGUGGUCCUGCAGGCAACCGAUACCGUUCUGAGGAGUUCGGAAUCCAUGGUGAACAAAGAGGAGACUAGGAAGCAACGGAAGAGGGAAGCAGAUGCUCGCUAUCGUGCAAAAAAGAAAGCCCAGCGCCUUGGUGGACCGGUGAAGGAAUCGGAAUCGAUAAAUCAGGCAGGGGCAGCUGUGGUAGACUCUACAGUGGAAGCAAAUGUCUCGAAUCCUAUGGCCGUAUCGGAUGCAGGAGCAAAUGUCUCGAAUCCUAUGGCCGUAUCGGAUGCAGGAUUGGAUGCAGGUGAUUGA